CGCCCGUACUCAUUCAGUGGCGCCACUUCCUCGCGUUGAGAUGCGCGUCGUACGUUCCGGUGUGUGAGAGUGAGGUGCGCUUGAUAUCUUUAUUUUUUUUUAUCCCCCGAAACAUGAGUGACUCUGACGGCGUGACCAGUGUCCGCAGGAAGUACGUAGAUCUGUCUCUCGACCUGAAUUUGGAUGCGUUCACGUCCGAUGAAGCGUGGAGCAAUUACGAGAAUAUCCAGCUGAAGUACACGUUAGAGGGAGAUCAGUUACCAUGGCUGGCCUGCGCACUGUAUGCAGCAUGUCGCCGUCGAUCAGUACCUACUGUUGGAGGCCGCCCGGGGAACAUGAUACAGGGAAACUGCGUUUCCUUGACACGCAUGUUGCAACACUGCAAUUUGCCCUUGACAGAGUUUAUCAAGAAAAUGAAGUCUUGGUUAGCAAUGUCACACUGUGAUGAAGAGUUUUGUCGUAGAGUUGAUCUGCUGGAAAGAAAUUUUGCCGUUUCUAACAAUAUCUUCAAGAAGUACAAGCCCAUCUUCCUAGAUUUGUUCAAGGAUCCAGCAGAGGAUCCUCCGAGACCCCCAAGGUCACGAAAGCAGAGACGCCCUCCGUGCAAUGCCACUGAACUGUUCCAUUUUUGUUGGACUCUGUAUAUAUUAAUUAAAGGAAAGUAUCCUAGCAUACCGCAAGAUCUUGUUAGCUGUUAUUCGUUACUGUUGGCAUCUGUUGACCUUAUAUUCAACAAUGUGGUGCUAUCUAAUAGAAAAGACCUCUUAAAUCUAAAGUGUCCAGGUUUACCUCCUGGUCUUGUUAAUGCUGAAAAUUAUGUUAGUGAACUGACAUCAUGGCCUGUAUCGAUCAUGGACUACCUUUGUGAUAAAUUUGAAGGCGUUCUGGUGGAGACCAAAGUAGUCCGGGAAUAUUAUUGGAACAAACACAUCAGAGACCUGAUAGAUAAAAAAGUUCUCAAAGGUGGAAGUGAAGGAACAGGGUUGUUGGAACAAGCUAAUUUUGACCAUAACGUCAAAGAAGUAAAAAAUGCUUACGAAGAGUAUUUGCUGAGUUACGGUGAGUUUGAUGAGCGAAUGUUCCUGAACGAAGAUGAUGUCGUGAAGGCAGUUGCUGGAUCCUCGCCACCCUCUGCCUUGGCAUCUCUGCAAAAUUCACCUAUUGACAAUCCUUCUGUGCGCCAGGCAAGGCGAAACUUAGGCCAGUCAUUUGAUGGGGAUCAGCACUUGGUGCCGCAGACCCCUAUUACUGGUAGACGUUAUACAAUUGACCGUCCAAAUAUAGGUACCACGCCGUUAACAGUUGUCACAUCAGGGCUUCAGAAGCUUUAUGCAUUGAUCUCAGGCCGUAAAAAUAAUGCAAGCGAGAAGUUGCGCGAAAUUUUCAGAAGUUGCAAAGUUAACCCGGAGGAAAAGAUCACAGAGUUAAUUACAGAAAUGAGUGAUGAAUUCUGUAGGCUCUAUACUCAAGCAACAGAAGAUUACACUGGUCCAAGCAUGGACUUUGCCAAAAUGAGGCUUCAGAUGGGUCAAAUGCUAUACUAUACCUUUUUGGAACACAUUCUUGUCGAUGAAAGAAAGCGGGGUGUUGACUUCACGGCAAUCCUUCUAGAGGACUUAUUUCACCGGACCCUCUUUACCUGUUGCCUUGAAAUAGUAUUAAAAUCGUACAACGAUCCCAGGAGGUUCCCUUGGUCUUUACAGGUUGGAAAUGUUGAACCAUACCACUUCAUGAGGAUUAUUGAACCAGUCAUCAGGUCAGAAAAACAGUCUGACAAUCAGCUAUCUCGGGAGCUUGUGAAACAUCUGAAGGGGAUUGAAGAACAGAUCUUAGAUUCCCUUGCAUGGAAGGGUGACUCUCCCCUUUGGCGUAACUUCCAAGGUGGGAAUCAAGAUAUGCCAUCGUGCCAGGAUGUUAACUUCUCCGAUCAGCUUGAGACAGAAAUGACAUCUGCCACUCCCAUGGGCAUAACCUCAGCUUUAAUGUCCCCAGCUUUGAAACUAGUCAGUGAUAAAACAACUCCAGCAAAUCUCCAACUUUCACCCUUGUCGACACUGUCCGAAAGGUUUCAGUCUCCCAUGGGGCAGUCGUCAGCAAAACGGACACUUUUCCCAACGACGACAUCAGGUCCUACCGCUCCAGCACCAAAUGCCCUUACCAUGGCCAGGCCGCCUUCUCUCACCAAUCGAUUGCCGAAUGUCACUCAUGUUUCAACAGGAUCCCCGGUGCAGAAGAUACCUAGUAGAAUAACUGUCCAGGUCAAGGAAAAUGGUGUUACAACAUUAUAUUCUCUACCAGCCAGUCAAGAUGAUAACCAGUCUGAAUCAAAUGAAGAGGCCAUGCCAGAGAGGACAGUGGAAACACCAAAUACUGAGAAGAAAAAAGAUAAACCAAAAAGGCAUGGCUCCUUUGCUCUCUUCUGCAGAAAGUUCUAUACUUUGGCAAACAUGAGGCUAAGAGAAUUAUGUGAUAGAUUGGAUAUAACUGACAAAGAGUUGAGGAAGAAAAUUUGGACAUGUUUUGAGCACUCUAUCAUUCAUUACACCGAGCUCAUGCGUGAUCGUCAUAUGGAUCAAAUGGUCAUGUGCGCCAUCUAUAUCACCUGCAAAGUCACCCAGAAUGAUAGGAUAUUCCAGGAAAUCAUGAAGCAUUAUAGGAAUCAGCCUCAAGCAGCCUCCCAUGUUUAUCGUAGUGUUCUUAUUUCAAGGUCAUCUGCACCAUCAUCUGAAGGUGUCAGUACAAAACAGAGCAGUGUUCCCCCUCCUACUCCAAGCCAGGUGACUGGUACCUCUGCUAAUUUUGAGUCUGAGGAACGUGGUGAUCUCAUCUUAUUCUAUAAUCAGGUUUAUGUACAGAAAAUGAAGGCCUUUGCUUUGAAAUUUAGAGCUGCUCAGGAGGGAGACCUCCCACCUUUAUCACCGUUACCUGUUGUGAGGCACACUCCAGUGUCUCCAAGGCGGCGGAUCUCGACAAAUCACUCUGUAUUUAUCAAUUCUCUAAGCCCUAUGAAAGGCAAUACUGCCAUGUCCCCAAGAAAACCAUUGCCAUACUAUUUCAAUCGUAGUCCAGCGAAGGAUUUGAGAGUCAUCAACACAAUGCUCAAAAUGAAAGGGGUUGGAGGGAAACGUCUUCUGGGUGACAUGGACAAUGCUCAAGAUGUGAAAAGGCCAUUGCUGGGUGGUAGUAUAACAAAACGUAUACAGGGCGUCUUAGGCGACAGGCUUUCAGCCACACCAACCCCAGAGCUCCAGCCAGGUGAUUCCCCAAUUACUACAGAAAACAACACCUUGCCACAGAAUGGUCAUGCAGCUGAUCCUUCUAGCGAAAAUAUUGGGUCGUCUGAGCAGACUUAGCCUGGACACCUUUCUCUAGGGAUGUUAUAAUUGGAUUUGGUUACAGCUUUCAAUCAAAUACUUUUACUUCUGUAGACGUUUCACAUACGGUGAUAGGGUUUCCAUUGCUGGAAGAUGGAAAUUACCAGAGGUGUUUCUUGCUACAGAAUCAGUUGAGAUUUUCCCCCGUACCAUUUUACAUUUGGUACCAUCAUAUCAGUCAUUAUUAGGAAUUAUUAUGAUUCUCUCUUUUUCUCUCUCUUCCCUUUUUCAAGACAUCAUUUAUUACUUAUUGUAUUUGUACGUCCUAGUUUUUGUUAUCUUUCAAUAGAUUACUUCUCUUAAAAUCUAAUUUGUACACAAUGACAUUAAGUUUUGUUGACCCUGUUUUUUAUGCCAAAAUGAAUUGGUACAUGGUCGUCCAGAACACAAAUUCUUAUUUUUUGAAUGGCAAUACUUUUACGUUCAUCGGUAGAUUUUGAACACUUUGCAUUUGCCUUAGUAAGGUGUUCAUAAUUCAGCUGACUGAUUGAACAAAUUUUAUACAUGUUUAUAUAGUGAUUCUUAUAUAAAAGAGGUUUAUCGUUGUAAUUUAAAAGUUUUUAAUUUGCAAUUUAAAGUUGUAUCCAUUUUAUUUUAAAUUUAUUAAAAUAUAUUAAUUUCAUUGCUAUUGCAAUGACUGAAGGUAUAGUUAAAGGUAAUGUUGUAUCUGUAAACAGAAUAAUGUCUUAUGUUUUUAAGGCAAAUUUAAAAAAUAAUAAUUUCAAAUUUAUCUGCUGAAAAGCAACUUACGAAAGUGCAAACGGUUGGUCAAAUACAAUAUAAUUUUUGUAAAAUAAAAAUGUGGAGUACC